AACAGAAUAAUAAUAAUGGCCCGUAGGAAAGUUUCUUUAACGUUGUCGUCUUCAUCGUUGGCUUUGUCCAAACAGCAGCAACCGUCUACACUGGAUAUUGAGAAAAUUAAACGCCAUUUUAGUUGGUCUGAUUGUGAGACAAUUUCUUCCGAUCCAGUUAUGGCCACAAAUAAUGAUGGCGGAACAAUAGCACCAAAUCAGUGGCAACGUAAUUCCCAAGCCGCCGUCUCAGUACGUCAUGCCUUUAAAGCGUAUGGCAAAAAGAAAAACGCAAAUCAAGUUUUAAACAACUUGAAUAUGACAGUACCAAAGGGCACAAUUUAUGGUCUUCUAGGCGCUUCGGGUUGUGGUAAAACAACAUUGCUCUCCUGCAUAGUGGGCCGUCGUCGACUCGAUUCUGGUGAAAUUUUCGUAUUGGGUGGCAAACCCGGUACUCCUGGCUCUGGUGUACCUGGCAAACGUGUCGGCUAUAUGCCACAAGAAAUAGCACUCUAUGGUGAAUUUUCCAUACGCGAAACAAUGAUGUAUUUCGGUUGGAUAUUUGGCAUGGAAACGAAAGAGAUCGUAGAACGUUUACAUUUCUUGUUGAAUUUCUUGGAUUUACCAUCGGAGAAACGUCUAGUAAAGAAUUUGAGUGGUGGCCAACAGAGACGUGUAUCGUUUGCUGUGGCACUAAUGCACGAUCCGGAAUUAUUGAUUUUAGAUGAACCCACAGUUGGUGUAGAUCCUCUGCUAAGACAGAGUAUAUGGAAUCAUUUGGUUCAUAUAACAAAAUCGGGACAGAAAACAGUUAUAAUCACAACACAUUAUAUAGAAGAGGCCAGACAAGCGCAUACGAUAGGUUUAAUGCGUUCUGGUAAUCUAUUGGCCGAAGAAUCACCCAGCGUUUUACUAUCCAUGUACAAAUGUAUCAGUUUAGAAGAAGUAUUUUUAAAAUUAUCCCGCAUUCAGUCACAAAAGGGCGAUAUAUCUCAGGUUAACUUCAGCAAAAUGGAUAAACCUAGUUCCAGUCAAGAAGGCGGCGUUGUGGGCUUAAAUUUCCAUCAGAGCAAAGAAGUUUUAAUCAACGAUACUAAUGGAUCCAUUUAUACGUUAAAUCAAGAACCCUACGAUCCACCCAUGAAAAAGAAUAACCCAAAUGAUGAAGAAAGUUGUCAAGAUUGUUAUGCCAAUUUAUGUAGAGUAACUUCCAAGGGUAAAAUCAAGGCCUUAUUAACAAAGAAUAUGUUGCGCAUGUGGCGUAAUGUGGGAGUAAUGUUGUUCAUCUUUGCCCUGCCCGUUAUGCAAGUUAUACUGUUUUGUUUGGCUAUAGGUCGCGAUCCUACCGGUUUAAAUUUGGCUAUUGUUAAUCAUGAAAUGAAUAAUACGGAAAUCUGUUAUUGGGAAGAUGGUUGUCACUUUACUAACUUGGGCUGUCGCUAUCUGAAUCAUCUAAAUCAUAGUGUGGAGAAAACGUUUUAUUCCGAUCUGGAGGAUGCAAAAGAAGCGGUUAGACUGGGCAAUGCCUGGGGUGCUAUUUAUAUAACGGAAAACUUUACAGAUGCUUUUACCGCCAGAGCUGCCUUAGGUCGCGAUUCCGAUGAUGAAACCAUUGAUCAGUCUGAAAUUAAGGUUUGGCUUGAUAUGUCUAAUCAACAGAUUGGUGUUAUGUUAAAUCGUGAUAUUCAGCUAGCUUAUCGUGACUUUGCUAUGGGUCUUUUAGAUCAAUGUGGUAAUAAUCCCAAAUUGGGUGAUGUACCCAUACAAUUUAAGGAACCCAUUUAUGGCACUAUGAAUCCUUCGUUUACCGACUUU